ACAGUCCACCCGCCACAAACGGCCAUUGCCAGAGAAAGUCCAGAAGAAGACUCCAGUCGGGGCUGAAAGGCGUCAAACAGGGCAAAGCAACAAGUGACGCGCGCUUAUGGGUCGGCAGAAUGAUCACCUGAAUCCCGUUUAGAGUGCGUGUAUGCGGCAUGAAGACCGUGCUAGCCGCCGCAGCCGCUGCACUGUGCGUGGUGUGCGUGGUAGCCACGCCGCAGCCCCGUAGAGAGACAUUUCGAUACUGGAAGAAACGCAUGGAUUCCCAGCCCAUUGUAGAUCAAAGCACCCCAAACUUUCAAUCCCCACCUGAACAAUACCAUGGCGUUAAUUCCCAGCUCGUUAUGCGAACCCCAAGAGGUCAACGACCGUACGAUAUUCCACAAAUAGAGUGUCCUCCGGCUCCAGAUGGAAUGGAGCGAUUUGCCUGUCCCUCACCUGACAGGCAAGGGCGAUAUCAUUGUAUAGACGAUCAUGUCCUUUGCGACGGUUUCACCGACUGUCCUAAUGAAGAAGAYGAGGACCGUCGUUCUUGCAUGUUCUACAAAACGACAAAGGCACAUCUAGACGUAUUGGCAGACGCACUAUUGCGAUGGGCGCGAGGACGCUAAGCAACCAUGCCCUCGCCCACUAUUUUGGGGCGUCCGCCAGUCAGGUCCAGACAACUCCAAAAUGGUUCAACUUCAGCCCAACUUCGUCUAGUAUACUUUCAGAGAGCAACAAGACUUCGCUAGCUUCAGCUACGGAGAACAACCAAUUAAGCAUCCUUUAAUCUUCAUUCUUAUGACAAUUGUGAUGCGCUAGUUUUAUUGGGAUUAACCGAAGCCACUUUUAUGUGAUAUAGAUAGACAUGCAUUCAUGAUAACUCGUUGAUUCUGCAGGAAGUUUAUUUCGUAUAUUUGUUUAAUUGCUCAAACUCCACUGCAAUCUGUUCGAAGGCGAGUUUGUUUUUAAAUGACCAAAAGUGUUACAAUGAAUGGCGGAAAUUUAUAUCCUAACACACCUAGCGCACUCCCAUACUUAUAUGUAAAGUAUAAGCAAUUUAUUUAGUCUCUCCGUAGUGCUGUCGCUAGUCAUGUAGUUCAUUUUCCAAGUUUAGUAUACCUACUUCAUAUUUUGCAAAAGUAAACCAGCCCCUCAACUAAAUAAUCUGAAGGCCUUACGGAUAAAUAUUUGGUUCUAUUUUUCACGUUAAUAGCAAAAUGCAUCUCUCAGGGGUUCAUUUACAGAAGUCCUCUGUAGUGUGGAAUAGUUUAUUUAUCCUGCUCGUUUAUCGGGUAUAAUUUUCCAUUGUUUAAUUUUUUAUGGAUCAUUUUAUUCGAUUCUUAUUAUUUUAUUUUUGUUAAACAACUGAGAUCAAACAAUCAUGAUACCAUAUAGGUUUCCAUUUUUGCUCGGCUCUAUUCCAAUUGUUAACAGUUAUGUAUUUCAUAUAGACAUUUGCUACAUAUUUAUUAUUGUUACAGUUGUUAAUAUUUCACAUUAGGAUGCUAUAAUUUGCCUCGACUUUUCAUUAUUAUCAAAGAAAAUAAACUAUAUUUUUCUACUUAAACUCAAUAACUUCAGCUAAAAAAAAUUGCACAUAGAUGUUAGUGUGGGUGUUAAUAUAUUCUAGAGGAUUAAAUGGUAUGCUACUAGGUGUUUCCAUUAUCUAAAACUCAAUUAUUAAAACAUUAUGCUUUCGAUGUAGUUAGGUUACGGUUAUGCACAAGCACAUACAGUUGAAGUUAUUGAUUGCUUAUUGAUUAGACGUUUUAGGUAAUUAUUCCGAGGCUGGGAACCUGUUUUGAUUUGGUUGAAAAUGUAUUCUGUUUGUUGUACCAAAAUGUGCUUGAAAGAUUCAAUUGGAAUCUACAAAGAAAAUUUAAUACAAAUGGGUUUAGAAUAAUAGAACAAUUAAAAUUAUUGGGUAUUUAAACAAUGGCACUUGAAAAUUCAAUCGUGUAAUUUUGACCGUUAUACGUUUCGCAAAUAUUUUGUGAACGUUUGGAAUUGCUCAUUACAUAAACCUGUCAAGGUAAAGUGGAAAUUACAUAUUCCCAUCCCAUAAGUACCUAUUAGAGAGACCUUUAUGUGGCUUCUUGUAUUUGAGACUAUGUUUAUUAAUCCCAAUACAGAAAUGAAUUUUAAAAGCAACAUUUAAUUAAUACAAAAAAGCUCUUUAGCGUUUAAUAAACCUAUAAAAAUAUCGCAGUCGAUAUCUCAACAAUCAUAAAAAGCUUCAUAUUAAUACUAUUAAUACAACCCCAUGAGGCAAUCGGUUUUAGAACGUAUCUAUGUAACUGCAAUUUUUCUCAAAAAUUAAUUAAAUUAAAUAAACCGUGCUAAACUAAUGAAAAUCAAUAUAAAAAGUGUACUGUUCUUUAAAAAAAAUCUGUUUGGAUUUUUAAAAAUGCUAGCACUAUAAACUAAAUUGAAAUCUGCAAAACUGUGCUAAACCCCACACAAAUUGACUUUUUACUUAUUGUUCGUGUCUAUUUUCGAGGGCACUUUUUAAAUCUUAAUUAUUUUAUUCCAAAAUAAAUAAAUAGGUUAUUUAUUUUAGAAUAAAAUAAUUGCAAUUAAAAUAGAGCGGAAAUAAAAAAAUCCUGGGCUAUUGCAAACACGUCUUAAAGAAGUAAGUUUUUUUGGCCAGCAAAAAAGUUCUGUUGUAAAAGAAAAAGGUUCUAUUCUUCAAAUUAGAAAUAUUUCAAUCUUAAAUUAAAAAAGAGAACUCAAAUCCCUAAAUAUCAAUAAAUAAAUAUUAAUAUAUUUGGAUAUUGCUUUUAUUUCCGUAUCAAAAAUCAUAUUUUACACAGUACAGCACUUUUAACGCGUAAUUGAAAGGAAAAGUAAAAGAACAAACACGGAAUUUUACGAAACAGUAAAACUGAACAAUAAAUGAAAAAACAGGAUACUCUAAACUAACUAAAAACUAAAUGAUAAUAAAAUUAAGAUCUUGACACCUAAAGGAAUAGUCAAAAACUUUCAAGUUCAGUUUCCUCUUCAAGCGUUCAAUACAGAGGAUCUGAAAUAUGUUUACUUUUCGCUGAACUUCCAAGAUACCAAAAUUAAAAGCGUAGAUCAAAACAGGGAUAAAAUUACCUAAAGUAACUAAUUGAACGGUGCAAAUUCAAAUAUAUCAAAUGGAUAAGCACUUAAAGUCUAGGCAAAUAUCAAACAUAGACUAAAGUUAGUUUUCAUUUAUCUAUACAGAUGUGCAAUGAAAGUCUGAUUAUUUACAUUCCUCAAGAGUUGGUACUGAAAGUAGAAAUCAUCCAUAGUAAGCUGUUAUUUAUUUUUAAUUCAAGUGAUUCAAUAAAAGUGAAUACGAAAACUGGAGACGGCCUAUAUACUAGAAAUAAAACCUUUAAAGAGAGCUGAACGUUCCAUGAAAAAAUUUUAUUCGGGGAUGUUACACUCGUGAACAGCACCAAUUAUUUUUAAAAUCAUUUUAGCCAUAAAUCUCAGAGUUAAAAUCUAAUAUGUUCUAACAUCGUCGAGUCCCAUUAAAAGUUAUCCUCAAAUUCAUUUGAAAUUGUUCAUAAUAAGGUACAUACGCAACGAUAUUUAAUUAUUUAAAAAACUGAGGUGAAUGGAUUUAUUAAUGCUAAUUCGUUAAAUCGAAUAUAAACGAGAAAAUGGCCUAAAUUAUAAUGAUAAACCAUAUUAUAAAAAGUCCUUAACUGUGUCGCAAAAUCUAAACUUGUUAAAAAAGCAGUGCACACAACUGCAUGAAAAUAUUUUAAUCUUUUGAUCAUCAUUUUGUCAUAGUCCUAUUGGCUGCCUAAUGAGACAAAUUCUUUGAUAUUAUAUAAAUUUUAAUUCAAGAUUUUUAUUUAUCAAUAAAUUUUAUUUUUAUAAACUUGAAGCACUCGUUAACUACCUCAAUACAUGGCAGAAAGCUUUUAUAAAAAUAUAAUAAGACUUUUUAGCGGGGAAAAGCAGCAACAGAAGUGACCGAACGCGAGUGUAACAAUUGAUUCAUACUUUUUUCUUCUUUUAUUUUUAAUACACCUACAAAAUUGAAAUUUCAAAAUAAAAAAUAUGUCGGUGAAACAAAAAGUGUGACGUUACAGCCCUUGAAUGGGCAAAAAACAAGUUGUUAAAUGUAAUCGACGAAGUAUUGUUCCUGACGUAGUUUUAGAGAAAGUAUAAACUGCACUACAGCACUUUUCGCACUUUCUAAUUUGUUGUUAAUAAUAAUUCGUUUAUAUGCACAUGUUUCAACAAAGGGUGAUCCGCUUUUUUGUUUAUAUUCUUAUACAUUCUUGUUAUUUACCCGCCACAUAAGCGUGCGCUUAAUUACAUACAUUAAUUCCAUAUAAAUAUUCCUUGAUGUGAUAAAAGUAGAUUGAUAUUGAUAUUAUGCGAAGUAUAAUUGUUUCAACUGUUUACGUUGUCCAUAAAACAGUCAAGAUGCAUCGUUAAUCGGGACUCCUUAAUUAGGAAUGAAUAGAAAAGUAUAAUUUUGUAAAACGUAAUACUUUAUUUUGGGAGAAAGGGAAUGGUCCUUCCUAAAAUCCAGAUAUGCUCUUGACCUAAAAUUCUUCCAUGUAUGAUGACCGUCAAGACAAAGCUUUCAUUUGUGUGAACGGAACAAGCAAUUUCGAGCUCUGGUCUUAUCAACUUAAAAAAAAUGUAUUUGCCAAGUUAAUCUUGCCAUCUGCGAUAAAAAAGGGCAAAAUUAACGGUUGGAAAAGAGCAACUUGUUUGUUUGAGUGUUUAACUGCAUUAUUCUUAUCAGUUUAGCUUAGAACAAAAAUUUGUAAUACCGGGAAACGAAAUUCUUGUUAUUUGCUAAACUGGUUUAUUUUUCUUGCUAGAGAAAAAACUGACUGUUCCGCUUUUGUCGUAUGUCGUAGCAAGCAACUGAAAGUAAUACAAACUAAAUAUCAUUUGUAACGAUCGCAAUAAUAUAACAUAUUUACUGGAAUUUUUAAGUUUCUUCAAUAAUUAAACUUAACUGCAGCUAAGCAAUUACAAUUAAAUUUGCUGCUGAAGAACAAUUUCAAAGCUGAAAUAUUCUAAAGAAGGAACUUAAAAUUAUUCAUAAACUCAUAGGCUCAAUGAACUGUGAGGAAGUACAAUUUCUUCAAAUUUUGUCGCCAUUGUUCGCAUAUUAAAUUGUUUUAAUAAUGUGUGUUACAUAAAGAUAACUGCGAAUCCUCAAAGAGACACAAUCACUUGCAAUUAGUAGGAUAUGAAGGUACUUGUGAUAACACAUCUAACUAUUUUUAUUCAAUUUUAUUCAUAAUCGGUCAGAUGAAUUUAAGGAGUCGAUUUUUUACCGCAGAUGCACCUUCAUGUUCAAUAAUAUCAAUGUCGUGUCAAUCAACAUAACUCCUGUAAUUUUGAAUUUGUUUUGGUUUUAAAAUUUUAUUUAGUUUAUCGAUGUUAUUGGAGUGAAUGGAAACUCUGUAGAAAAUGCACUAAUUUAUCUAAAUUUCAUAUUUCAUUGUUUUAAAUACCUUCACCAAUGCACUGUUACGCAUAACUAAAUUUGCUACAACAAAAAACAUUUUUCGUUAAAAUGUUUUCUGUUGGCCGCUCUGAGACUCUAAAAAGCACAUAUUAGAAUAGACAAGUCACACAUAUACCUCUGUACCCUCCUCUAAAUCCUUCAUGACCGAAAUGUGUUAAAAGUCGCUUAAUUUACCGACUGGGUUUGCAAGACUGGUUUUAGACAUAAAUAGUAAAUUUGGCGGCCUAAAUAUUUUUGUAAUAAAUUUGUUGACUGAUAAAACUCUACUGUUGACAGUUUUCUCAUAAAUGCGAAAGGCGCGUCAACUUAGGAUUCUGCAUUCUAAGCGUAAACCUUUUCGGCAAAUUAAAAUUUAUUCGCAACUCUGGGAUGGAAUUAUUGUAAUAUUAUAAUACCGAAAAUCCGACACGAUGUACAAUACGAUACUUCUAGAUAAUCAGAGACGUGCUACUUAAGAAAAAAGAUAUAUAUGAAAGAGUUGCAUUUCAGAAGAAAUUUGAGUGACUACUAUCUAUCCUGAUACCUAUUAUAAAUGUGUAAAAGUACUUAAAUAUAAAUGUAACAUAAAUGCCUCAGCCAAUAAAAUGGUCUAAAAACUGUA